GUUUGAGGCAUUACUGCAUUGGAUUCACUUUUCAGAACCCAGGGUUACCCACUGGGUUUGGUUUCAUUGAGCUCCGCCUCAAUGGAAUCACAUAUAGUGGAAACAGCCGCGCGCCAGAGCAGUUGACAGGACAAACAGAGAGAGAGCUGCAGCUCGAGGAUCAUCCUUGGUCCCGGGAACAUCAUUAUUUUGUCACGUGUGUCCUGGCUGGCAGCUGAACCAAGUGACUGGAGAAGUACCCCGUGCGCAUGGAGCAGUGAGCGAUUGUGUCCGGCAGGUCAAUCAGGAGGAUGAGGCCCAUUACGUCUCAUCUAGUGUUCACCACUGGACUCCUGAUGGGGUUUCUCUCCUCUCGCUUACUGUUGGACUCGUACUUGUCAACAGAACAAGCCCCUUACUUCAUGAGGAAUGCCAAGAAUGAAGUCCAACAGCAUGUGCACACAGUCGAGAACAAGAGCUCAGCGGCUUACUCCUCUAGCGCAACGCGGAUCUUGUGCUGGAUCAUGACGGGGCCAAAGAACUUGGAACCCCGGACCAAGCACGUCAGGGAAACGUGGGCCCAUCGCUGCAACAAAGUGCUGUACAUGAGCUCCGUCAAGACGGACUUCCCCACUGUGAAGCUGAACGUGAGUGAGGGGAGGGACAACCUGUACUGGAAGACCAUCCGGGCCUUUCAGUACAUAAACAAGCACCACCUGGACGAAGCGGACUGGUUCCUGAAAGCAGACGACGACACGUUCGUUGUCGUAGAGAAUCUACGCUACACCUUGUCCAGAUAUGAUCCAGAAAAGCCGUUGUACCUGGGCAGAAGGUUUGCCCCCUUCAUCAGUCAGGGCUACAUGAGUGGAGGAGCAGGUUAUGUCCUCAGUAAGGAAGCACUGAGGAGAUUUAUCCAAGGGUUCGAUACUGGUAAAUGUACCCAUUUCUCCUCCUUAGAGGACAUGGCUCUAGGCAAAUGUAUGGAGACAAUGAAGGUGGAGCCAGCGGACUCGAGAGACGUUAAAGGGAGACAAACAUUUCAUCCUUUUCCUCCAGACCACUACCUGGUCAGGCAGCCCCCAAGAGCGAGGCCUUGGUAUCUGCUUUACGACCACUAUCCUCCAGUAGAGGGUCCAGGCUGCUGCUCGGAUUUAGUCGUGUCCUUUCACUACAUUUACGCUGUCGAGAUGUACGUUUUGGAGUACCUGACAUACCAUCUGCGGCCUUACGGAUACAAAUACAGAUUUAAUCCGGAUGAACAAACUGAGUUCAAGACCACAAUUAAGCCAAAAUAAAAAUGUUAGUGUGUGCACAACAACCUCUGCACUAAUCUUAGAAGGGCUUGAGGAUCUCAGCAGGUUUCAGAGCCAUGCUUAUCUUACUCACCAUAAUUUAUUGAAUUCCCCCUUACCAUAUCUUUAUAAUUCAAGACUUUUCAAGUUUAUAGAUGUGUAGUUUCCCUCUACCAGCACCUCCAAAGUAUUCCUGAUGAAGGUCUGAUUUAAACUGUGUUCAUGAUGUUUUGUGGGGUGAAUGGGUCUGUGUUACUAAGCUGUUACUUUGUAUACAACAAGAAAUCUGAGGAAGAAUCCAAUUCUAACAUGAGGUGCCGCCAAUCUGUCUUCCUUAUAUUUGCCUUUUUAUAACCUAUUACAAACUUGUACCGUUCUUUAGGAAGCUUGCCUUUCUCUGGGAAAACAUCUGUGUAUAUAAUGUAGCGAUGUUGCUGAAAGAAGCUUGAUGUGAAGUUUGGCAGCAUCAAGGGUAAACCACAUCAGGUUUGGGUGGUGGGGUGUGGGGAAUAUCCAGCCAUGCAACGAAAAGACAUGCACAAGAUAAAGAUUGUAUCGAUCAAGAAAUGGGUAAAGGUCAAUGGAAGUUUAUAAUUACAUGGGUGUGAACAGUUGUACUAUCUGGCAGGGUGGAAACCAGCAGCACUACACAUAAUGUACCUGACAAGCUAGACAAAGCUACAAAGUUUUUUUCUGUACAUUAUAAACACUAUUGGGGCAAACUGGUUCAGUAUGUCGAAAGCAUUAAACUGUGAAUUUG